CGGUUUUUCAUUUUUCAUCAAAAAGAAAUAACAAACCCAAGUGUUUUGAGACAAACACAAUCAGAAAACAGAAGCAGCAAUGGAGUUGAGUUGCAAAAACAUCAUAAUCAUUUUCCUCGUACUUAUGAUAGCAGCAGUAUCAAUCGCAUAAUCAGUGUGAGAAUCAGAAGCAGAAUAAAACAGCAUCAUAUAACGAUUCCUGCAAAAUCUCAAAAUUUCUCUUCAUACUUUGAGAGAAGACGCCUCUUUCCUUGGCUGUAACUAAUGCAAUUGCAAUAACAAUAUCAUGUUGUCAAUGAAUAAAACAUCUCCAAGGUUUUGGGGCAUCAAUUUCCUUCCUCACAGUACUCUUCAACGUCUCUAUAUGUCAUUCAAAACCUCCACUGUGCAAACCGCGUCUCCUUGCGCCAUAUUAAAAGAUUCACAAAGCCUCACCAAACUCCCUGUAUCCUAUUCAAACCUCUUAUCACAAUGUGUUGCUGCAAAGUCGCUAACUUCAGGUAUGGAACUCCAUGCCCACUUGAUCAAGUUUGGAUUUUCCCGCCAUCCAGGUCUCAGGAAUUACCUGGUAACUCUCUAUUCCAAGUGUUGUCGUUUUAGGUAUGCCCGCAAGCUGGUUGAUGAAAGUUUUGAGCCAGAUGUGGUUUCUUGGUCUUCAUUGCUAUCUGGGUAUGUGCAAAAUGGGUUUGUGGAGGAGGCACUGUUGCUGUUUAAUGAGAUGUUCUUGUUGGGUGUUAAGUGCAAUGAGUAUACCUUCCCAAGCGUGCUUAAGGCAUGCUCGAUGAAGAGAGAUUUGAAUAUGGGGAGGAAGGUUCAUGGGAUGGCUGUGGUCACGGGGUUCGAGUCUGAUGGGUUUGUUGGUAACACUUUGGUUGUUAUGUAUGCUAAGUGUGGGUUGCUAGAUGAUUCUAAGAGGUUAUUUGGAGGAAUUGUGGAGCAAAAUGUUGUUUCAUGGAAUGCCUUGUUCUCUUGUUAUGUGCAAAGUGAGCUGAGAGGUGAGGCUGUAGAUUUAUUUAAGGAAAUGAUGAGGAGUGUAAUAAGGCCUAAUGAGUUCAGCAUUUCCAUCAUAUUGAAUGUCUGUGCGGGGUUGCAGGAUGGUGGUCUAGGAAGGACGCUUCAUGGACUUAUGCUGAAGAUGGGGCUUGAUUUGGAUCAGUUUUCCGCAAAUGCGUUAGUUGACACGUAUUCUAAGGCGCGGGAGAUUGAAGGUGCGGUUGCUGUUUUUCAGGAAAUUGCACACCCUGAUGUUGUUUCUUGGAAUGCAGUUAUCGCUGGUUGUGUUCUUCACGAUCGUAAUGAUUUGGCUUUAAUGAUGUUGGAUGAGAUGAAUAGCUCAGGAACUUCUCCCAAUGUGUUUACACUUUCGAGCGCUUUAAAGGCUUGUGCUGCAAUGAGGUUCAGGGAACUGGGUAAACAGUUACAUUCUUGUUUGAUAAAGAGGGUUGCUGAUUCAGAUUUGUAUGCUUCUGUUGGACUCAUAGAUAUGUAUUCCAAGUGUGAAAUGAUGGAUGAUGCGAGAAGAGCUUACGAUUCGAUGCCAAAGAAGGACGUUAUUGCAUGGAAUGCUUUGAUCUCUGGUUACUCACAGUGUGGGGAUGACUUAGAAGCUGUCUCACUUUUUUCUAAAAUGUACAAUGAAGAUAUAGAUUUCAAUCAAACUACUAUUUCAACAGUUCUCAAAUCUGUGGCCAGCUUGCUGGCAAUUAAGGUGUGUAAGCAGAUUCAUUCAAUUUCCAUCAAAUCUGGAAUUUAUUCAGAUUUCUAUGUUAUAAACAGCCUUCUUGACACAUAUGGAAAAUGUAACCAUAUAGAUGAAGCUUCAAAAAUAUUUGAAGAGCGUACUUGGGAAGAUUUGGUGGCUUACACAUCCAUGAUAACAGCAUAUUCUCAAUAUGGCGAUGGGGAGGAGGCUUUAAAGCUAUAUUUACAAAUGCAAGAUGCAGAUAUCAAGCCAGAUGCAUUUAUCUGCAGUUCUCUCUUAAAUGCAUGUGCAAAGUUGUCUGCAUAUGAGCAAGGGAAACAAUUACAUGUCCAUGCCAUCAAGUUUGGAUUUAUGUGUGAUAUUUUUGCCAGCAACUCUCUGGUUAAUAUGUAUGCUAAGUGUGGAAGCAUAGAGGAUGCUGAUCGUGCCUUUUUUGAGAUACCAAACAGAGGAAUAGUCUCAUGGUCUGCAAUGAUUGGAGGAUAUGCUCAGCAUGGCCAUGGCAAAGAGGCUCUUCAGUUGUUCAAUCAAAUGCUUAGAGUUGGUGUGCCUCCCAACCAUAUUACUCUAGUUAGUGUUCUUUGUGCAUGCAAUCAUGCUGGUUUGGUAAACGAGGGCAGGCAAUAUUUCGAAAAAAUGGAGGAAAUGUUUGGUAUUAAACCCACACAAGAGCAUUAUGCUUGUAUGAUUGAUCUCCUUGGACGAUCUGGGAAAUUAAAUGAAGCAGUGGAGCUUGUAAAUUCCAUUCCUUUUGAGGCCAAUGGCUCAGUUUGGGGGGCACUUCUAGGAGCUGCGAGAAUCCAUAAAAAUAUAGAACUCGGUCAGAAAGCUGCAGAGAUGCUUUAUGAUCUAGAGCCAGAUAAAUCUGGUACCCACGUUCUCCUUGCAAACAUCUAUGCCUCUGCAGGGAUGUGGGAAAAUGUUGCUAAGGUUAGAAAGGUAAUGAAAGACAGCAAGGUGAAGAAGGAACCCGGAAUGAGUUGGAUUGAGAUCAAAGACAAGGUAUACACUUUCAUCGUUGGAGAUAGGAGUCAUUCUAGAAGUGAUGAAAUAUAUGCUAAAUUGGAUCAGUUGGGUGACCUUCUAAGUAAGGCUGGAUAUAGUCCCGUUGUAGAGAUUGAUAUACAUAAUGUGAACAGAAGUGAAAAGGAGAAACUCUUAUAUCACCACAGUGAGAAACUUGCUGUGGCCUUUGGAUUAAUUGCUAUGCCACCCGGUGCCCCUAUAAGGGUGAAAAAGAAUAUACGAAUUUGUGUUGACUGCCACACCUUUCUCAAAUUUGUAUGUAAAAUUGUCUCAAGGGAAAUUAUAGUUAGAGAUAUUAAUAGAUUCCACCAUUUUAAAGACGGCUCAUGUUCAUGUGGUGAUUACUGGUAAUAUCAUCAUCAUCCAUUCUUUCAGUUUCACAAGAUACAUAGAUUCUUUAUCUUUACUACUUCAACUGUUUCAUGACUAUAGUCACUAUUGAAACACACACUGAUGGCAUAAUUACUCAGAAGUCAAAUAUCCAAUUUACUGGAGGUUCAUUAUUAUUUCCCUAUAUUUUCACUGGAUUAACGUUGGAGAUUGUAAGGAAAAGGGAAGAGAGAUGAAAGACAUUGGUUAAUACGCGUGAACUUAGAUGUUGCCCUAAAAUUGUGAUUUAUUGCCUUAAAUGAAGGCUACCAAGACAGGAUUCGGUUUCUGCUGAACUGGUUCUUUAUCACAUUCAAAUUACUCCACAUUCGAUGUUUAAUGCACUAUUUUAUCCCAUUCUCCA